AUGGAUAAGUGGUUAAUAAAACCAAGUACCGGUUCCAUAAGAAACACCAACCAAGAGUCGAGUGAUGUAAGUACAAGUUCUAAUAUUGGUUCUAAUAAGUGGUCGUCCGAUGCGCAAAGUAAUUCUCUUACGAAAAAAAAGGGGGCCUGGAAUCGACAGUAUUUUGAAAAUUACAUUCAAUUUGGCUUUAUCGAGGGCGAUGAUAACAAACCAUUCUGUGUAAUAUGUAAUGCAGAACUUUCAAACGAGUCCAUGAAGCCUUCGAAGUUGAAGAGGCAUUUAGAAUUGAAGCAUCCUGAAUACAAAGAAAAGCCUAUAGAUUUUUUCAUUAACAGGAGAAGACAAUUAAAAAGUGCCAAAAAAAAUAUGACUUCAAUGUUUUCACUUAGUCCUCAAACUGAAAACCUUGUAUUGGCUUCUUAUGAAAUAUCAAAAUUAAUUGCUGAAACGGGUUAUCCACACACAAUCGGUGAAAAAUUAAUACUUCCGGCAAUGAAAAUAAUUUCAUCUCGAAUAUGCGAAAAAAAACAGGAAAAACAAGUAAUUUUGUUGGCGUUGUCGAAUAACACGGUGAAGCGUAGAAUUGUGGAUAUGGCAAAUAACAUCGAAGAGACAAUAGUAGGCCACCUCAAAUCGUGUUGUUAUUUUUCUUUACAAGUUGAUGAAAGUACAGACGUGUCGGAUAAUGCUAAUCUAAUGUGUUUUGUAAGAUAUGAUCUUGGAAAUACUUCUCACGAAGAGUUAUUGUUUUGUAAAUCGCUGCCAACAAGAACAACAGCAGAAGAAUUAUUUAAUUUAAUCAAUAGAUAUAUUAUUGAGAAUGGCAUUGAAUGGAAUAAAUGUGUGGGAUUGAGUAGCGAUGGAGCACGUGCAAUGUCAGGUAUUCGUACUGGACUUUUUCCAAGAGUAAAAGCUGUAGCGCCGGAAUGUGUAUGGGUUCAUUGUAGUAUUCACAGAGAGGCAUUAGCGGUCAAAAAAAUGCCAUUGUCUUUAACUGAAACGAUGCAAGAGUGUGUAAAAUUUAUAAAUUUUAUUAAAUCUCGUCCACUAAACUCGAGAUUAUUUUCUGCUUUGUGCAAAGAAAUGGGGAGUGAUCAUGAACAUCUUCUUUUACACUGUGAGGUGCGAUGGCUAUCGAGAAGGAAUGUCUUGAAAAGACUAAUCGAAUUGAAGGAAGAAGUUUUGGUAUUCUUAGAACAAAAUCCUCCAACAUCUAAAGAUGCAAUAUUUGAAUUUAAAGACAGAUUUCAUGAUGUUAAUUGGUUAGUUAAGGUAGCCUACAUUUGUGAUGUGUUUGAUUUUUUGAAUAAUUUAAAUUUGGCACUUCAAGGUGAAAAUGUGACAAUAUUUAAAGUGCAGGAGAAGGUGGAAGCUGCAACAAAAAAACUUAAUUUGUGGUCACGUCGCAUAAAAACAGGAAAUUACGAGGCUUUUACAAUGCUGACAGCAUUUCAAAAAGAGAAUAACAUAAGUUUCAUGCCACACGAUAUGUUACGGGCCAAAGGGCUUAUUAGGCGGGCUUUGGGCAAAGGUUUAAUGGACUGUAUUUUUUGUGAGAUAGAAAUUAACGCUGUUGUUAUUAAAUAA